AUGACGCAUGAGCAACUCGAUCGUUACAGUCGCCACUUUAUGCUCACGGAGGUUGGGGAACAGGGACAAGCGAAACUACUCGAUGCUAAAGUCUUAAUGGUCGGUGCAGGCGGCUUAGGUUCACCUGCGGGUGUGUAUCUCGGUGCCGCCGGUGUUGGACACCUCGGUAUUAUCGAUUCCGAUGUAGUCGAGCUAAGCAAUCUCCAGCGUCAGAUCCUCCACCGUACAGAAUCGGUCGGCACACCGAAGGUUCAAUCCGCGACAACAACAAUUAAGUCCUUGAAUCCAGACAUCAACAUCAUACCGUAUAACCUCCGCCUGACUGCCGACAACGUUGAAGAAAUCUUCUCGGAAUACGACCUGAUUGUCGACGGCUGCGAUAACUUCGCGACCCGCUAUCUCGUUAACGAUGCGGCUGUGCUGAUGAACAAGCCGAUUGUUCACGGCAGUAUUUUCCAAUUUGAGGGACAGGUAUCGCUCUUUAAACCACACGAGGGACCUUGCUACCGAUGCAUGUACCCGAUACCGCCGCCUCCGGGCCUGGUGCCCAGCUGA